AUGUUCUUCCUUUUUAUCUAUCUUCAGUACUUCCUGGGAAGACUGCUGUACCGCAUUCGUGGCCAUGACAACAGACUGAUCGACAAAAGCCUCGCGUUCCUUUAUCUCCCGCAGCCGAACAUGAUUCUGGAGGCGCCCGAGUGCGGGAUAAACGGGUCUGCCAUGUUGGCCCUGCAUACAUGCCUUGCGGAAGAUGGAAUAGGCAGAUUCCCAAAACUGUGCUGGUCUUCUCCUCCAGUCGAUGUCCCUGUCAAGGAGUACAUCCUCCUCUGCGAAGAUCCCGACCCUCCAAUCCCCUCCAUGGUCAUCAACCACGGUCUCUUCUACGGCAUUCCGCCUUCCACAAAUAUGGCUCUCCACAGUGAUGUUCAGCCGGACGGAGACACCAAGGACAGAAUGACCAUUUCGGGAUGGCGAUACGUUCCGAACAUCAUGAAAAAGCCAUACAUUGGCCCGGCACCUCCUCUCGGCCAUGGCACUCAUCGAUACGUCUUCACCAUUAUUGCCCUGUGCGAGGCGCUCGAGUUCAACCACGCCGACCAAGUCAAACAGAAGCAGAUCCGGGAUUCUAUCAUGGGAAAGGUAAUUGGCUGGGGUCAGUGGACCGGUACCUUCGCUCGUCCGUGGCCAUAG